CCAGUUUGACGAUACGAGGCGAAUCUGUAAUGAUGACGAGUGUUUCCUUCGCUCAUUGUUGAGAGGGGUUUUUUUCUCACUCGCAGCCUCCACACCUACCGUCAUUGGGUGACAGCACUCCAGCCUUUCAGGUACCCAGCAGAGGAGGAGGCUUUAAAAGCGCGCAGCCUUGUGUUUGCAGCUUAUGAAGAGCUGUUUGUGUAAACACUGAGCCCAGUGCGCACACACACACACAAACACACAAACACACAAACACUGGUGUUUGGACAGUGCGUAAAGUAGAGAGGAGAGCGAGCAUCCUCCCUGGACAGGCUUACUGUGAGUGCUUGUUUAUUUCUACAAAAAAAAAAACGAACUGACACCCCCUGGGCCGCGAGGACGCGAUAUGGCUGCACCGACCAAGUUCAGUUUUUCCGUGAGGAGCAUCCUGGAUCUGCCCGAGCAGGAUACAGUUCCCGGCUACUCCUCCUGCUCCUCCAGCUCGCCCUACUCCUCCUGGAUGGACUGCGACCGGAGCCCCUGCAUGUCCUCAGAUGAAGGCAGCCUCGAGGCCUCCCCGGACUCCACCAAGCCGGACGACUCGUCCCUGGACUCGGAGCCCGACAAGAGCAAGAAGAGCAAGAAACGCCGGGUUCUGUUCUCCAAGGCCCAGACCCUGGAGCUGGAGAGACGCUUCCGCCAGCAGCGCUACCUGUCCGGCCCGGAGAGGGAGCAGCUGGCCCGGCUCCUCAGCCUGACCCCGACCCAGGUGAAGAUCUGGUUCCAGAACCACCGCUACAAGAUGAAGAGAGGCCGCGCGGAGCUCCUCCAGGACGCAGAGAUGGCGCAGCAUCCUCCGCUGCUGCGCAGGCUCGUUGUCCCGAUCCUGGUGCGGGACGGGAAACCUUUCCACACCUGCUUACUGGACACGGAGAAACCCGGGUGUUUACCUCAUUCCUUCCCCCUGGCCUACCCGGCUCUGCAGCACCCCUCCCCGCUCGCUCUUCCUCCCAGGUACCAGCACUUUCCCACCGCGGCGGCCUCCAGAUUCGCCUGGAGAGACUUUUGGAGCGACUCAGUUCCCUUUAACUCUUUCAAAUGAAGCCAUCGUCUUUUUCAAUUCAUGCACAAACUCAUUUAGAAUCUCAUCAAAUGUUUUCUGAAUGUUCAGCAAAUUUUCGAGCAACUUAAACAUUUAGAUUUUUAGAACAAAACUUAUUUUGCACAUUUUAUUUUUGGCGAGUUAUUUUUGUAAUGCAUAUAUUUUCUCUACACGGGGCAUGUGGCCUGUAUUUUGAAUUAUCCGCCGGGAUAAUGUAUUUGUAUGUUUCUGAAGCCGUUUAAACACAAUAUUUGUUGAAACAACCUGUUGCUGACGGCAGAUGUUGUACAGUAGUCUGCAUUAGGCGCUGAUAGAAGAGGAAUUAUUAUUAUUAUUAUAGCCUGAAUGUUUGAAGGAAAAAUAAUGUUAUUUGUUGUCUUUAAAGAAAGUUUCUUCCACCUGUUUGAAUUGUUUCUAUUUGUGAACAAAAUUAUUAAUAAAAUUCUCACAUAUUUUGUA